GCCGCCCCCUCCGCCGGUCCCUCCUUCGGCGGCCUGGCGCCUCCCUCCCUCCCCGCCGCGGUGACUCACGGAGCGGGAGGCGGAGGCUGAGGCGGCCGCUCCCGCUGCUGCUGCUGCUGCUGCUGCUGCUGCCGCCGCGGCUGCUCGGGCUGAGCGCGCCCCGGAACAGGCCGCCGCGCGCCGCGCACGGACCCGCAGCCCCGCCGGCCCGGCCGGGUCGGGCGGCCCAGGGCCGCACCUUCCUAUUUCUCCCUGACCACAGCCCGUCUGUCACAGUUGAGCACCUGUUUGCCUGAAGUUAAUUUCCAGAAGCAGGAGUCCCCAGAGCUGGCCAGGGGAUGAACCGCGAGGGUGCUCCCGGAAAGAGUCCGGAGGAAAUGUACAUUCAGCAGAAGGUCCGAGUGCUGCUCAUGCUGAGGAAGAUGGGAUCAAACCUGACGGCCAGCGAGGAGGAGUUCCUGCGCACCUACGCGGGGGUAGUCAACAGCCAGCUCAGCCAGCUGCCGCAGCACUCUAUCGACCAGGGUGCAGAGGAUGUGGUGAUGGCGUUUUCCAGGUCAGAGACGGAGGACCGGAGGCAGUAGCUGCGAACCCCUUGGAACAGCCUGGAAGCUGGCAAGGGCCAGAGAUCUGUGUGGACCUCGGCCGGCUGAGUGGCAGCAGAUCACCUUCCCACCCCACCCCACCCCACCCCACCCCAGGCCACUCGGCGGGGCUGGCAUCGCAGGAGACACCAGUGGUGCAGCUACGAUUGGCUUAAAGGGAUGGACUCACAAUUGGCUGGAGGAAGAAACCUUUUAUUUUUAAACCUUGACCAAUGGAAACCUUUUAUUUUUAUUUCUGACUCUUACUUUUUAAAAAAUUUGCGCCUCGGUAUAUGGCUUCCCAGGAAGCUCUCCGAGCUCUGGUGCUUUAUUUAGGUCACUUUUUAGAAAUGUGAAGAGGGCUGAUUGGCUACUUAAACUGGAAAAGGAUUUUGAUUGGCUGGCUAAUGGGAAACGGUUUAUUCUUUGAUUGGCUGCAGGUGUUCUGCUGAUAGCAACAGCUUCUCUCUUUCAAAUGCUGAAAACAGGGUUUGGGACAUUGGUUGUUAUGUUUGACUUGAAAAAAAAAAAAGAAAGAAACCAAGUGUGCUCUGCAGUAUUUAUUGCACACAGAGCUUGCUGCUGCUUUCACGCCUUUGGUUUGUGUUUCAUUGGAUUGGCUUUCAGUACGUGAAUUUGGUUUCCCAUUGGCUCACCCAUGCCUCCCGUUGCCGUGGGCUUCCCCCCGCCCUGCGUGCAGUCCCUCUCCAGCCUGGGGGUCCCCCUGGAGAGCGCAUUCGCUUUAAUGACCACACCUGGCUCCACCAGCAAGGGGGCCUCGAGGACUCUAAGCAGGGUACACAGCUGGAAAACAGGGCCCCAAGGAGGUUUGCGCUGUCCUGAAGAGUGGCCCAGAGCUUAGAGGUGACCAUUAGGCAGGAUUUAUGUGCAUUGCUUCCAUGAGCUGGCGGCCAGCUAGCUUCCCUCCCUAUCCUGCUUCCUGAGGCCUCAUCUGGGGGCUCCUCCUGUAAAGGGCAGGAGUUGCUCCUAGCUGUGAGACCCCACAAUGCAGCAGAAGUCUCUGCCUGGGAGGCUGGAACCCUCACAAAGGCCUUGGCUUGGCUUACAAGGCCUGGGAGGCCUUUGGCUCCAAACAUCCACACCUGGCCUCCCUCAGCCAGGCCCCGCCCUGGGGUAUCUGCCGCUGGGGCAGUAGCUCCAGGCAGCACUCGGCGUUCUCUCAUCCAAGGCCCGUGCCCCUCACUGCACUGCCUUCAGAAGGAUCUCUCUCCAUGUCAGCCUGGAAGGGACAGCGUCAUUAUUUAUGCAGUGCCCACUGGGACCACUGGCUGGGCCUUCACUGAGCGAGUCCCAUCAGGCUGGCCCUUACCCUGGCCCCCGGAAACACAUUGCAGUGCAGUGGUCUUUGAAGGGCUUCAGGAACCCCAAGUCUUCCACCUGCCCCCUUCCUUCCCCUGGAGGCAGCCCACCCUUCUCCCUGCAUCUCUCACAGAAGUGGAAUCUGGGUGGGGAGUUGGAGAAAGAUGCAGGCCUCUCCCCUCCCCCUGAGGAAGUAGAUGGCUGAGGCCCCCUUCUUGCCUCCGGUACCCAAAGUCAGGAGAAGACUCUUGGAGCCGCAUUUCCCCUUCUCAGGGCUGUUAUGGAGCGCAGGAGCUGAACACCAACGUGUCCUGGGCCCGAGCCCUGGAGAGCCCCAUGGUCAUUGGGCAGUUCACGCUGUGCUCUGAUCAUUGUCUGAGCCUUGCCCCAAAAGGAGGACUCGAAUGUCAUGGCCUACACACCCGUGUCCUCCUCCACGUACACAGGCCUCUGGCCCUGGUUAGCUGACUGUUAGCCUGCAGAGGCCACUGAUCCCCAGGGGACAAAGACUGUGGGUACCCCAGCAGGGGCCUGAGAGCAUCUUCCUUCGGGGGAGCAGUGCAUGUGUACACAUGCAUAUGUGAGCACGUGCACACACACACACACACACCUGCACGCUCACUCCCACUCAGUGGCCUGCAGCUCCAGCUGAGCCCCUGGGGAAAGGUGAGUUUUUUCAGUCUCCUCUGGGCCCAGGCUGUAACAUCUGUUAUCAGGCCUCAGCCGGCUGCCCCCUCCCUUUGUACCUGUAGCUCCCAUAAAGGGUCCACGUCCUGGCCUUUGCUGUGUUCUCUGCCCCAGCCUGUCCUUAUCAAGGUCAUGGGCCUUCCUCUUGUAACAGUGAUGGGCCUGAUCUGUCUCAUCUUCUGAAGGAGAAAAGUGAAAGUGUUGCUGUGGCUUCAUAUUUCAACUAAAAAUAUAUCUGUUGGAGAAAAAAUUAACAAUAAAGAUUUUUAAUAGC